AUGCCGCUGCAGCUGCACAGCAGAGGCCCAGAGGGGCUGCACCCCGACCCCUCCAGGAGCACCGGCCGGGAGGCUGCCCCGGGGACGCCUCGGGGCAGCGCCCAUGUCCGGGAGGUGCAGCCCGAGCGGCAAGGAGGAGCCGGGCAGGGGCCAGCCACCGCAGCGCGAUUGCGGCUGAGCAGCGAGGCCGGGCCCCAGGGAGGCGCUGCAGGGACGCAGGGCGGCACCGGGCAGCCCCUGCGGCGCGGGCGGGGCUCGCGGCUUACCGGGGGGAGGCUCCAACCCGCGCUGCUGUUGGCCCGGGUAGGCGGCCGCGGCUCGCGCAUGCACCGGGCCCCGGCGCGCCUCUCAGCUCGGCCACGCAGGGUGAAUCCCCCCCCCCCCCGGGAGCGGAGGCUGCUGCCGCCGCUGCAGCGUCCCCGUGCGGCUGGAAGGGCCCCUCUGCAGCCCCCCUCCCCCGAGCAGGGGCGGCUCAGGCUGGGCUGUGGGCCCUGCCCCCAGGCGCGCAGCGGCGCUCUUUCUGCACCGACCCCCUGGCGCACAGCGAACAGGGGCUGGCUCAGUGGGGGGCUCCCCCGUGCCCCAAGCGCUCGUGCGGGGGGGGGGCGGUAA